UUUUCGCAACGGGUUUGCCGCCAGGAUACAGGUGUUGGUGAAAACCAUCGCAAAACCUAAACCAAAAUGGGAAAGGAAAAGACCCAUAUCAACAUUGUCGUUAUUGGACACGUCGACUCCGGCAAGUCAACCACUACUGGUCACCUGAUCUACAAAUGUGGUGGAAUCGACAAAAGAACCAUCGAAAAAUUUGAGAAGGAAGCUGCUGAGAUGGGGAAGGGCUCCUUCAAGUAUGCCUGGGUCUUGGAUAAACUGAAAGCUGAACGUGAGCGAGGCAUCACCAUUGAUAUCUCCCUGUGGAAAUUUGAGACCAGCAAGUACUAUGUGACCAUCAUUGAUGCCCCAGGACACAGAGACUUUAUCAAAAACAUGAUUACAGGAACCUCACAGGCUGACUGUGCUGUCCUGAUUGUUGCUGCUGGUGUUGGAGAAUUUGAAGCUGGUAUCUCUAAGAAUGGGCAGACCCGUGAGCAUGCCCUUCUGGCUUACACAUUGGGUGUGAAACAGCUAAUUGUUGGUGUUAAUAAAAUGGAUUCCACUGAGCCACCCUACAGCCAGAAGAGAUAUGAGGAA